UUUGUGGGCACUUUUUUGGUCUUGGUAUAUGCUCUUCUCAUGGAGCCUCAGUUCGUUUUUCUAAGCUGCAGAAAAAAGACCAACGCUGGGAUCAAAAAUACAAUGAUAUAAGAUUAAUAAUAAUUUAUGAUUCUAACAUGUUCAACUUCAAGUAUGAGUACUCCUUCAUGUUCGAAUCCACCGGAUGUGGAAGUAAGUUCCUAGGAAUGCCCUACGACGUGGAGUUCGAGACAAUGUGGCAACAGAUUGGGGAAGAACUCCGUUCCAGACAUAAUCGCUUCCUGGGCAUGCCGUUUGAUAGUGGAUUUGAGCGGAUGUGGCGCCAGAUCAGAGAGGAACUGAAACGGGAUCGGGAAGAUGACCAAUUCGCCAUUCAUUUCCAGCGGAAUUUGACCCUCUACGCAAAGGAGGAAGGUGGGGAUGUCGGCCAACUUGAGUCUUUUAUUGAACGCAGAUAAAAUAUAUUCAAUUUUAUUGAAAGGCAUGUUAUUGUUUAAAGUACGUAUGUAUGUAUGUCUAUUAAGUAUGCAUUGUAAAGAUUACGAUCGGUUUGGUUAAAAUAAUUUAUUGUUUUCGGAAUUGGUUUCAAUGUCGAAUCGGUCAAGCAGUCACUUGCCAUCGAUUGGAAAAAAGAUAAUAAAAAAGUCUUAACAUA